CGUGACAAGUGGUAUCAGAGCCUGGUUAGGCUGAAGAGCCUGGUUCCUCUCUCAGUACGGCAUAGGUCGUGUAUGGGCCGACCCUAUGCCCGAAUGAGAGGCGGUCCUUGGUGAGCAUAUCAGGCGGUCCGGACGCAGAUUUACAUGUGUUGCGCCGUUGUGGGGGACCUCGACAGGCUGAAGAUGCAGCGGCCGAGAAUGCCGUUCAACCGAGGAACUAACGCUAGCGAGAGCGUAGGGUGAAGGUCGAUUGAGGUACAAACGCUGGGAGUAGCGUAGCGUGAAGGUCGACUGAGGUACUAGCGCAGCAGAAGCAAAGAGUGAAGGUUAAUGUCGAGGGCGAAGCGGUAUGUGCGCGGGCACAGCAGGCUAGCGCGAGAUACGCGACCGGAGCCUGUCAGUCAGAGGAUGGUAUCGUAUGCGGAUGCCCACAAUCGGUUCGAGAGAGUUGCAAUACAUGCUGCGGAGAGAAGCAUUCUUCACCAGCACGAGGACGUGCUGCAUUAUGAGUGGUGGAGAAUGUCACGACCCGAAAUGUCGUGACCGUGUUGAUCGUCUGAAGAAUGCUGCCAUCUGGUUGUCUUGCCAUGAGAAGGGUAAAGGGGGCGACAUUAGCGAUAAGGCUUUGUCUGCCUGUGCAUCGCAUCUGGCCGAGUCAAGAUGUGGCUAUGAAAGGGAUCGAUGCAAGAGAAGGCACAACUGGUCGGAGGCUAUUGCCAUCUCCCUGAUGAGCCCAAGGCAGGGCGAAACCAGUUGGCAUGCGUAUGCAGAGAGGUUGGUCUUGAGGAAUGAGUGCACCUCAAGACGCCGCACGGACUUCGGAAGUCUAUGUCCGUGACAAAAUGUCACGACCCGAAAUGUCGUGACCGUGUUGAUCGUCUGAAGAAUGCUGCCAUCUGGUUGUCUUGCCAUGAGAAGGGUAAAGGGGGCGACAUUAGCGAUAAGACGUUGUUUGCCUGUGCAUCGCAUCCGGCCGAGUCAAGAUGUGGCUAUGAAAGGGAUCGUUGCAAGAGAAGGCACAACUGGUCGGAGGCUAUUGCCGUCUCCCUGAUGAGCCCAAGGCAGGGCGAAACCAGUUAGCAUGCGUAUGCAGAGAGGCUGGUCUUGAGGAAUGAGUGCACCUCAAGACGCCGCACGGACUUCGGAAGUCUAUGUCCGUGACAAGUGGUAUCAGAGCCUGGUUAGGCUGAAGAGCCUAGUUCCUCUCUUAGUACGGCAUAGGUCGUGUA